UGUCUACGGUUGACACUAGUUGACACUUCCUACUACCGCUUGUCAACAACGUGGGUCGCAAAGCUAACAUGCGUUUAAAAUGAGGUAAUUACAAAGAACGGGCUGUUUAUUGUUACACGGUGCUAUAUUCACGCGCUCACUUGGCAACAUUUUACGGCAACAAUGCCCAGCAAAUCUAAAGACGAUUUAUAAUUCAGUGUAGCGAGCCGCUAAGAGGCUAACGGCCAUAAACAUGAACAUGAACGCUGGUCAUGAUGGCAAGUCAUUCCCCGGACAUAUCAAGCAGGUUUUCAGGCAAAUGAAGGUAGAAAACUUGAUUGCUGGUCUCACCGGAGGAGUUUUGUCGACCCUGGUGGUUCACCCUCUCGAUUUGGUCAAAAUCAGGUUUGCAGUGAGUGAUGGUUUGGAAUUGAGGCCCAAGUAGUAAUGGGGCAUAAUGCACUGUAUGAAGAGUGUGUGGCAGCAGGAAGGACUGAGGGGACUCUAAGGAGUAACCCCCAAUGUGUGGGGUGCCGGAGCAUCUUGGGGCCUCUACUUUUUCUUCUAUGAAGCAAUCAAAGCGUACGUUAAAGACGGCCAAUCAGAUAGACUGAGCGCCACACAACACCUGGUGUCUGCAGCUGAAGCAGGGAUCCUGACACUCACCUUAACCAACCCUAUCUGGGUGACCAAGACCAGGCUUGUGCUGCAAUACAGUUCUGACCCAACUAGGAAACAGUACAAGGGAAUGCUUGAUGCAUUGGUCAAGAUCUACCGCACGGAAGGGGUGUCAGGCCUCUACAAGGGUUAUGUUCCCGGGCUCUUUGGAACCUCCCAUGGAGCGCUGCAGUUCAUGGCCUAUGAGCAGCUCAAAAGACGCUACAAACGAUACAAGACGGUUCCUUCGGAUGCAAAGCUGAACACAUUGGAAAACAUCACGACGGCGGCACUUUCCAAAAUAUUUGCCGUGAGUAUGACGUAUCCAUAUCAGGUGGUGCGAGCUCGACUGCAAGACCAGCACAAUACGUACAACGGUAUGGUGGAUGUCAUCAGGCGGACAUGGAGGAAUGAAGGCGCCAUCGGGUUCUACAAAGGCAUCAUCCCCAACCUUAUCAGAGUCACUCCUGCAAGCUGCAUCACAUUUGUAGUUUAUGAAAAUGUCUCUCGCUUACUUCUGGACCCGAGGUAGCAAUGUUAACACUGAAGGCAAAGGACGCCGAUAUCAAAACACACCAACAUAAAAAGAACAGGUGGCGAACAGACUGAUUUCAUCGCGUCACAGCCUGGAAUAUGAACCUCAAGUUUCAAGGAGAAUAGACCUGCAUGUUUGCACUACACCUGUAAGGAUGUAAUGCUGCUAUGAAAUUCAUGUUUAUACAAUUGUGUGUACAUGUCACUUAAAGAACUUUCAUAAAUUAAAACAUUCAUA